UGAGAAGUGUCAUUAUGAAAUGAAAAAGGGAGUUCGGAAAUAAAAACGCCAUUCGGAAAUGCGCCUUUCGUAAAAGUGUCAUUAUGAAAUGAAAUGAAGCCAUUCGGAAAUACAAUAUGAAAUAAUUAAAUAGCCAUGAGGUGGGAAUUCUUUAAUUAUUUCGAAAUAAAAUUAAGUAUUUAUUUAUUUAUUUAAUUCUGACUUUUUUGUUUAAUAAUUUAUUCAAUUUUGGCACAUUUAGUCCUCCAUACACGAAGGCCACUGUAGUUUAUUUUUUCAAUUCCAGAUUGAGGGUAGGACAACUUUGAGGUUCGUUAUUUUGCUUGACGUCAAGACCUCAGAAUGUUAAGUUUCGUUUUCCUAACAAGUAACGGAAAAGGUUAAAUCCCCAUGAAUUUGCGACCUAGCCUCUGGGGUCGCAUUCUACGUUUCGAAAACCACCGACUGCAUUUAAGUUUACAACGAAUCACUUGUGUCCCCAUUUCAUUUAUUUUGUCGGAAGACCAUCCGAAAAGUUUGUAUCCAUCGCACCCGAACUUGUGCCAAGAAGAGAUAUGCAAUCCUCAAAAGGGUGGUACCGUGCAAAAGGUCGGUAUUCUCAACAUGGCAGGGGUUGCCCUCCCCAGGAGCUGCGGCUGGUGUUGGUGGGGAAGACGGGGGCAGGGAAGAGCGCGACAGGCAACACAAUUCUGGGUGAGGAGCGGUUCAAAUCGGAGCUGUGUAUGAGCUCAGUGACUGGGGGCUGUGAGAAGGCUCGGGGAACGGUGCUGGGGCGGAGAGUGACACUGGUGGACACGCCCGGCCUGUUCGACACCUCACUCUCCCAGCAGGACGUGAAGGAUGAAAUCCUGCGGUGUUUGGCCAUGUCCGCUCCAGGACCGCACGCCAUACUCCUGGUGCUGCAGAUUGGCCGCUUCACUGAGGAAGAGCAGCGCAGCGUGGAGAUCAUCCAGACCAUCUUCCAGAGCGAUGCUGCCCAAUACACCAUCCUCAUCUUCACCCAUGCCGACAGGCUGAAGGGAAUCUCUUUCCAGAACUUCAUCUCCAAGCAAGACAGAAGGAUUCAGGACCUGGUGGAGCGAUUUGACCGGAGGGUCCUGCCCUUCAACAAUGAGGACAGGGAGGAUCACGGCCAGGUGGCUGACCUGCUGGAGAUGAUCAACCGCAUGCUUGCACAGAGAGAGAAACCCUAUUUCACUAACCAGGCCUUCCAGAAAAUGGACCAGGCCCUUGCAGACUUCCAGCAUGAACAUCUGGAGGGAAAACGGAAAGAAAUAGAAAGGGAGAAGAAGCGUGCUGCUGAAAAGUGGGAAGUGGCCUGGGCAGAUUUUUCCAUCCAGAUGAACGACAAGAAACUGGAGACUGAGCUGAAGAAGAGACGCAUCGAGCAGAACAUAAAGACACUGAGUACAAAGAAGGCUGAAGUGGAGCAACAGCUUGAGGUGGAGACCAAGAAGCUAAAACAGUUGGAACAGGUGGAGAAGGCCAGGGGACAGAAAGAAAAAGAGUACAGGAAGAUUAUCGAUUCUGAAAUCAAACGGGUGGAGAAAGAGAUCGAUGACAGAUAUUCUGAGAGUGCACGGGAGGAAGCAGAGGGCUCCUAUGACUUCCUCCGCAAAAAUGCGUGGCUGAUUCUGGGAGGGGCCGCGCUCGUGGCAACUGGGGUGGGAAUUGGGGCCGGAGCCGCAAUGAUGGCUACUGCAGCUCCUGCAGCUGCAGGAGCUGGAGGGCUUACUGCUGCAGCUGCAGCAGCUGCUGCCAUGGCUGCAGAGAUGGGAACAGCAGCAGCAGCUGUGGCUGCAAAUAUUGGACCUGCAGCUGCUGCCGUGGCUGCAGAGAUCGGACCAGCAGCAGUAGCUGCGGCUGCAAAUGUGGCCCCUCUCCUUGCAGCACAGUGCUCAAUUCAGUGAUCCAAUGCUGAUGCAGCCUGCAGUGAAAGCCUUGUUUCCUCUAAAGUGGCCUCAUGCAACCUACAGGGAAACUCCUGUACAGUGACUCUGAUGAAGUCUGCGGAGAAAAUUGUAUUCUCAUCUACAGUAAAAUUCUCCUUUCUUGCAUAAUUUUAUUUUUCCAAACAGACUUUGUUAAACUUUUCUUUAAUCAUUACAUUAUCUAGCACUUAGCAUAUGUCGAACAAAAUAUAUUGUGUUUGACAUGUGCUGUGUGCUAGAUAUUAGUAUACCUUUUUGAUUUUAUUCAUCCUGUAUUUGUAUUCCAGUUAUCAUAUGUUACAUUCUGAAUUCUCUCUAUCUGUCUUUAAAAGAAUGGUGAAAGGGUUUAACAUAACAUUCAGAUUAAAUAGUUAAAUUGA